AUGAGUAAAACACAACCUGCUCCAUAUCAGCUCCACGACAAGAACUUUGCCGAUAUGUACGAGAGAAGUGGCAAGAUCACAGAUUUAUUUGCUCAGGACCUGAUCGCUCAGUCCGGUAUAGUCCAAUCAAGUGAGCUGGAUCUGAUUAUCUUCGACAAUGCUUGUGGGACAGGUGCUGUAUCGAGUGUCCUCCAUAGUGCUCUUCCCACAGGACGGAGAAGUACCUGGCAGUUGACCUGUGGCGAUGUAUCAGAGGACAUGCUCGAAUAUACUCGUCGGAGGAUGAACAAAGAAGGAUGGCAUAAUGCCGAAGUGAAAGUUGUGGAUGCGCAGGAUACUAAACUUCCAAGUGCAUAUUACACCCAUGUCUUCUCAGCCUUUGCUUUCAAUCUCUUUCCGCAUGACAAAUCUGCAAUGAAAGAAUGUGUCAGAAUCCUGCGACCAGGAGGCAUCCUGGCUUUGUCUACGUGGAAGAGCAACGUAUGGACAGACACCAUCGUAGCUGGAAUUGCAGCUCUGUCAGGAAAUAUUCCAAUCAUAUCGCAGGAACAACUCUACGGACUGUACAACACAGGUUGGGAUGAUGAGUCACAUGUGCGCUCUGAAUUAGAGAAAUCGGGGUUCACAGAUAUCAAGGUUAAGAUAGUCCAAAGGCGUUAUCUAGUCCCCCUGAACGUAUUCGUCAAGGAAUGCACCAUCUUAAUCCCCACAGUUGUCAAUACCUUCUGGACUCAGGAGCAGCGAGAUCAGUAUGAGCAAGAGCUGCUAUUGGCCAUACUUCGAUAUUCCGAGGCGAAAUAUGGUAACGAGGCUCCUGUGGAAGCUGAGGCGAUCAUUGCUACGGGCCGUAAGCCUUGGUAG